CUCCUCGCCGCAGGGAAAAGAAAAGAUAAACGAAAAAAAGAUCGCGAAAAUUUGCCACACAAUCGCGCACGGGAAAGCACGGGGGAGGCUUUGCAGCGGCGGACAGCACAGCUGCGCAUUUCGAUGCGAGUUUUUGGAAACUAGAAAAGAAAAGAGAAAAAAAAAAGGAAAGGGAGUCAGCUCCGAGGAGGGAGAGGUGGAGGUGGAGGAGAGGGGAUCGGGGGUGGAGGGGAGUGAGGUUUUGUCCGCUGGCAAUGGAGAUGGCGCAUAGCCCGCUCUGCUCCCGGAGCCGGCCGGUGCUCGUCGUCCGCCCGACGACGGCCCCCGCCGCCGCCGCCGCCGCCGUCACUGGCUUCGUGCAGCCGAUCAUAAGGUGCAGCAGAUUUACAAGGAGCAGGCCUCUUCGAUGCACGGUGGCAAGUUCAGAUUAUUCUAAGAGAAAUCCAAGGCGAGCAUCAACUCCGAAGCCUAAAGGUGCUGCCUCUAGAACAUUUGCUCCGAGACCCACUAUUGAAUCCAGUUUGAAGAAGAUUGAACAAAGCAGCACUGAUGAAGGUGAUCUUGGCAGAAGCAAUGGGAAGCUCAGUAGUGAAGCAACAGGGCCAAAACGUGCUGUAGAAGAAUCAUCGGAGGUGGACUUCUCUGGAAAUGUGUCGAGCAGUGCAUCCUUGGAGAGAGUGGAUGAUGCUUUUGAAGCUGAGACGGAAGAAGAGGUCGAGCAAAAUCUAGAACUGUCUUCUGAAUCCAUGGAUGAUGAUGAUGCAAUUGACAGAAAACUUGAUGAAUACCGUGGUAAAAUAAGUGCACUAAUAAGUUCGAAACCUGAACCUACAUCAGUUUCUAGCACUCAUGUACAGGACAUAUCAAUUGUUGGUUUUCAUGAACAAGAAAAUUCUGUAGUUAGUUUCCAUGAGCAAGAUAGAUCAAUUGUCCCUGUUCCUGAACAAAGCCAGUCAAGUGGUGGUGUCACUGGAGAAAAUCUAAUGGAAGAGAAAACCAUAACUAGUGGACAAGAUGUCAGUGAAGAAGCACCAGAAGAGAUAACCAGCAAGAGUAUUGAUGGUGAACAAUUAAGUAGAGAACCUGAGAAAGCUCUCCUUGCUGAUGACGAGUCUAGGAUAAUCAAGGAUGAACAGUAUGAACACAACAUGCCAGUACAGGACGUUGUCGAUCCACAAGUGCUGAUGAGGCAGCUUGAAGAGCUAGCUGAGAAAAAAUAUUCAGCUGGGAAUAAGUGUUUUGUUUUUCCUGAAGUAGUAAAGGCUGAUUCAGUCGUUGAUCUUUACUUGAACCGUAGCAUGUCAGCCUUAGCCAAUGAGUCCGAUAUUCUUAUCAAAGGGGCAUGCAAUGGUUGGAGAUGGAAUGCUUUUACUGAAAAAUUACACAAAAGUAAAUUAAGAGGGGAUUGGUGGUGUUGCAAACUCCAUAUACCCAAGCAGGCCUACAGAUUAGAUUUUGUGUUCUUUAAUGGUGAUACCAUCUACGAAAAUAACAAUUAUAAUGAUUUCAUCCUGCAAAUAGAGAGUGACAUGGAUGAACACUCAUUUGAGGACUUUUUGGUUGAAGAAAAGCAAAGAGAACUUGAAAGGCUUGCUGCCGAAGAGGCUGAAAGGAGAAGACAGGCUGAAGAGGAGCGACGUAAGGAGGAGGAGAGGGCUGCAAUGGAGGCUGACAGGGCACAAGCAAAUGCUGAGGUCGAGAAGACCAGGAAUAAGUUGCAAAAUGUGUUAAAUUCAGCCAACAAAUAUGCUGAUAAUCUAUGGUAUAUAGAGCCUCAUACAUACAAAGCAGGGGACCGGGUCAAAUUGUUCUACAACAGAAGCUCAAGACCGCUAAUGCAUAACACUGAGAUUUGGAUGCAUGGGGGUUACAACAACUGGAGUGAUGGGCUCUCUAUUUCUGAGAAGUUAGUCAAAUCAUAUGAUAAAGAUGGUGAUUGGUGGUACGCGGAUGUUACUCUACCUCAAAAGGCAUUGGUUUUAGACUGGGUUUUUGCUGAUGGGCCACCUGGCAAUGCGAAGAAUUAUGAUAACAAUGGGCGGCAGGAUUUCCAUGCUGUUGUUCCAAAUAACAUAUCAGAGGACCUGUUAUGGGUGGAAGAAGAGCACACGAUAUUUAGAAGGCUCCAGAAAGAAAGAAAAGAGAGGGAGGAUGCUGAUCAAAGAAAGGCUGAGAUAACUGCAAAAAUGAAGGCUGAGAUGAAGGAAAAAACUAUGAGAGAGUUUCUUCUCUCGCAGAAACACAUUGUGUACACUGAGCCUCUUGAGGUACAUGCAGGAACCACUGUGGAUGUUCUAUACAAUCCUUCUAACACGGUGCUGAAUGGAAAGCCAGAGGUUUGGUUCAGAUGCUCCUUUAAUCGUUGGACUCAUCCAAGUGGUCCUUUGCCACCACAGAAGAUGGUGAAUGCAGAGAAUGGUUCACACUUAAGAGCAACAGUUAGGGUUCCUUUGGAUGCAUAUAUGAUGGACUUUGUUUUCUCUGAGUCGGAAGAAGGUGGAAUAUAUGACAACAGGAAUGGCAUGGACUAUCAUAUUCCUGUGUCUGAUUCCAUUGCAAAAGAACCUCCUAUGCAUAUUGUGCAUAUAGCAGUAGAGAUGGCUCCUAUUGCAAAGGUUGGGGGCCUUGGUGAUGUUGUUACGAGUCUUUCACGAGCAAUUCAAGAUUUAGGCCACAAUGUUGAGGUUAUUCUUCCUAAGUAUGACUGUUUAAACCUAACCAAUGUGAAGGAUUUACAUUACCGUCAAAGUUUUACUUGGGGUAAUACAGAGAUAAAAGUAUGGUUUGGAAAGGUUGAAGACAUCCCCGUUUACUUCCUGGAACCACAGAAUGGGAUGUUUUGGGUUGGAUGUGUCUAUGGAAGGAAUGACGAAGGUAGAUUUGGCUUCUUCUGCCAUUCCGCUUUGGAGUUUCUCCGUCAGAAUGGAUCUUCUCCAGAUAUCAUACAUUGUCAUGAUUGGUCAAGUGCUCCUGUUGCUUGGUUAUUCAAGGGACAGUAUGCUAAUAAUGAACUGUCAAAUGGACGGGUUGUAUUUACCAUCCACAACCUUGAAUUCGGUGCACAUCACAUUGGCAAAGCAAUGGCACAUUGUGAUAAGGCUACAACUGUUUCAUAUACAUAUUCAAGGGAAGUUUCAGGACAUGGUGCUAUUGCCCCUCACUAUUUUAAAUUCCAUGGCAUUCGUAAUGGAAUUGAUCCAGAUAUUUGGGAUCCAUAUAGUGACAAUUUUAUCCCGGUCCACUAUACCUCUGAGAAUGUUGUUGAGGGCAAGAGUGCUGCAAAGAAGGCAUUGCAGCAGAAGCUUGGACUACAGCAAACUGAUACCCCUGUUGUUGGAAUUAUCAGUCGCCUGACGGUCCAGAAGGGAAUUCACCUUAUCAAACAUGCAAUCCACCGAACUCUUGAACGCAAUGGACAGGUGGUUUUACUAGGCUCAGCUCCAGAUCAUCGCAUACAAGGUGACUUUACAAACUUAGCUAGUAAACUGCAUGGUGAAUUCCAUGGUCGUGUAAAGUUUUGUUUGACCUAUGAUGAGCCACUAUCCCAUUUGAUUUAUGCUGGUGCCGACUUCAUCCUUGUUCCUUCCAUGUUCGAACCCUGUGGUUUAACCCAACUUAUUGCUAUGCGUUACGGAUCUAUCCCAAUAGUUCGGAAAACUGGAGGCCUUUAUGACACAGUUUUUGACAUCGACGAUGACAAGGAUCGAGCUCGAGAACAAGGACUUGAGCCAAAUGGGUUCAGUUUCGAGGGAGCUGACAGCAAUGGAGUUGAUUACGCCCUUGACAGAGCGAUCACCACAUGGUACGAUGCCCGCGAUUUCUUUCACUCCCUCUGCAAGAGGGUCAUGGAGCAAGAUUGGACAUGGAACCGACCUGCUCUGGACUACAUGGAACUGUACCAUUCCGCUCGCAAAAACUGAGACCUUACUGGGGCCAAGAAUAGAUGGAUUUCAGGAAGUAGGUUUCCCCAGGUUGCUGGGACAUGACAGCAGCAUCCCAGUACAUACCCUUCUCUUGGUAGCAUUCUUUAGACAGAAAGAAAAAGGAGGAGAAUCAAAUC